UCCAGAGGGAAUAGAGUCUUUCAUUCAACUAAACUCGAACAUGGAUUCGUAUGAAAAUUGAAAUUAGUUUUAAAAAUGUGCUGCUCCAAAACGGUUUAUAAAACAAAAUACACAAUACAAUAGAAAUAUCAUAAAACUAAAAAACAAAAAUUUAGAGAAAACAAACAACAACAAAAGCAAAAUAAAAUUGCUAGAAUUAAAAAAAAAAAAAGUGUUCAAAGUUUGAAAAAAAAAAAAUAAAAUUCAAAACAAGGAUAUCUAACAAAUGCUUGCAGUUUCGGAAAAUAUAAAAGAAAAUUAAAUAUUUUUCUUUAGUUCAAGCAGAUAUUGAUCUAUUCUUAAAAGUUAAAAAAAAAAUUCUUCCUAACCUAAAAAACAAAAAGAAAAACUAUUGCCAAAAUGCCAAAUUUGAAAUUCACCAUUGUCAACUUGGUGGUGUGUUUGCUUGCUACCACCUAUGCCGUCUCCAGCACCUGGGGCAAUAUAUCCAACUCAGCACAGUUAUUGCAUGCCGAACAAGUAUUCAAUGCUUCAUCGCCCGAAAAAUAUGUGACGCACGAAAUCAAAUAUCCCAAAAAUGGCAUUGGCAACGGUCGCAUUAUCACCGGCAUUCGAGCAUUCGAUCAGGUCACCAAUGGUACGGGUGGACAUGCCACAAUCUAUUCGGGAGGACCCGGCUUCAAUUUUGUGAAUAUUAAACUGCAAUCACAAUAUAAUUAUGGCUUAAUAUUUCGUGUAGAGAUUUAUGGCAAAUAAAACCAAAAUAAACAAAGAUAAAUAACAACAUCAACUAUUUAUAUAUAAUUACAAAUAAAUAUAAUAACAAUAACAACAAUAGUAGAAGAAAAACAAAAAACAAACAAUAGCAGCACCCACAACACAACUACUAGUAAUAAUAAAGGCAACAAUAAUUUUAUUUUUAUUAUUUUUGUAUUAAUUAAAAGUGCACUCCACCGCUCACACAAACACACACAUUCACGUUCUCUAUCAAACCCACUUAAAACACACAAAAAAAAAAAACAUUUACAAACACUCACACUCAAACAAAAACAUUUGUUUAUACAAUAAAUAAAAAAAGACUA